UGUAUCCUGGGAGGGGCGACGAGUGACCGAACCCUAUAAAUAGCAGUGGGCGGCGCCGCUGCAGCAGAUAGAUGUGAACUGCCGCCGUGAGAGGAUCUUUGGGUGCAAGAGGCGAGCGAUAACUUUUCGGUUUCUCUUUGGGGUGCUCAACCGGCGAGAUAAAAAAUGCAGAUCUUUGUGAAGACCCUGACUGGCAAGACCAUCACCCUGGAGGUGGAGCCCAGCGACACCAUUGAGAACGUGAAGGCUAAGAUCCAGGACAAAGAGGGCAUUCCCCCCGACCAGCAGAGGCUGAUCUUUGCCGGCAAGCAGCUGGAAGAUGGCCGCACCCUCUCCGACUACAACAUCCAGAAAGAGUCCACCCUCCAUCUUGUGCUGCGUCUGAGGGGAGGCAUGCAGAUCUUUGUGAAGACCCUGACUGGCAAGACCAUCACCCUGGAGGUGGAGCCCAGCGACACCAUUGAGAACGUGAAGGCUAAGAUCCAGGACAAAGAGGGCAUUCCCCCCGACCAGCAGAGGCUGAUCUUUGCCGGCAAGCAGUUGGAAGAUGGCCGCACCCUCUCCGACUACAACAUCCAGAAAGAGUCCACCCUCCAUCUUGUGCUGCGUCUGAGGGGAGGCAUGCAGAUCUUUGUGAAGACCCUGACUGGCAAGACCAUCACCCUGGAGGUGGAGCCCAGCGACACCAUUGAGAACGUGAAGGCUAAGAUCCAGGACAAAGAGGGCAUUCCCCCCGACCAGCAGAGGCUGAUCUUUGCCGGCAAGCAGCUGGAAGAUGGCCGCACCCUCUCUGACUACAACAUCCAGAAAGAGUCCACUCUGCACUUGGUCCUGCGCCUGAGAGGUGGCUGUUAGAUGUUACAGAUUCUGUUUGCAAGUUGCCAAUAGUAUUUGUUGCACUGUAGCAGUUUAAUGUUGUAAGGUAAAUGCAAGUUUCAGUAACUGCUGGACUGUUUGUGUAAAUGCUAAUAAAGUUUUCUGUUGCACAUUACUUCACAGUACUCCUGAAUAAUAAAUUUUUAUUCUGGG